AUGGUGAGGUCGUCGAAGGAGGAGAACAAACCGCCGAUCGAUUCGCAGCCGGCAUCGACACCACAACAAGACAUCAAUGAGUCGUUGCAGAGACAGUAUAUCCGUCCGCGACGGGCACUCCUCUACUGUCCCGGAAGUGAUGACCGAAAAAUCGCCAAAUUGUCCACAAUUUGCGGUUCAGUCGAUACAGUAGUUCUCGAUUGCGAAGACGGAGUGGCCGCCAAUAAGAAGUUGAGUUAUCUGUCGCCAAACCGGCUUCUCCUGGUCCAAGUCGUGCUCUCCGGAGAAAAGUUACCAAAAACUAUACUUUUGCCGAAAGUGGAGACUCGAGAGCACUUGGAUUCGUUCGCCGAAAAACUGGUCAAAGCGAUGGGCAAACGGAAGACUAAUAAAGACUUACAUCUAUUGACAUACGUUGAGAGCGCCAAAGGGUUACUCAAUCUUCGGGAUGUCAUACAACACGCCAUCGAAUUGUCUGAAUUUCAUUUGUUCUCAUUGGAGGGCAUUGUCUUCGGUUCCGACGACUUCUGCGCCUCCAUUGGCGCGACCAGAACUGCCGGCGCUUCCGAGACCCUACUGGCCCGCCAACAGGUGGUCCUAACAGCCAAAGCGUUUGACUUACAGGCCAUUGAUGUCGUGUACAUCGACUUCAAAGAUAUUGAGGGCCUGAGAGCCCAGUCACUAGAGGGGGCCAACAUGGGCUUCAGCGGCAAACAGGCCAUACAUCCGACACAAGUUCCCGUCAUUCAGGAGGCGUUUAGCCCUCCACCAGAGCGAGUAGAGUGGGCCCGGAGGCUAGUGGACGAGUAUAAGAAAUCCCAGAGCGAGGGAAAGGGAGCCUUUGUAUUCGAGGGCCAAAUGAUCGACCGGCCCCUCCUAUUACAAGCGUUGAAUAUCAUAGACAUCGCCGUUGGGCCCGGAGGCUAG